AUGGCCACCGACGCUAUCAUCUCCGUUGUUGUGGAUCAGCUGUUCAUCAUCAUCAACGACCAAUUCCAGGAGCUAAGAGCAGUGUUGGGUGUGGAGAAGGAGAUGAAAAACCUGUCAUCAAAGCUCAAGAAAAUCAGGGAGGUGUUGGAUGAUGCAGAGAGGAGAAGCUUCAAGGAGAAGGGCGUCAAGCUGUGGGUGGAAGAGAUCCAAGACUUGCAGACAACAGAUUGCUGCAGCUCCAGCAAGAAGCAGCUGGUUCAGCUCAUCUUGUUUCCAUUUCAAACGAGACGAGUGGCCACUACUCCGUUUGAUGUGGAGGCAUCAGAGAUUCAAGGUCGGAAAUCCGAUGCCAGUGAUGUAAUAAGAGAGUUGCUGAAGAAUGGUAGUGGAGAAGAAAAAGAAGAAGCAAGAAAUGGUCCCUCUGUCAUUUCCAUAGUGGGGCAGGGAGGGAUAGGCAAAACUACACUUGCUCAACUAGUCUAUGGCGAUGAACAGAUAAAGACUCAUUUUCAUGAAAGGGUGUGGACUCCUGAAGGGACUGGAAAUUUGCGUCACCUAAGAUUAAUUGAUUUAAGUCAGACCAAAUUUGAGGAGUUACCUGAUUCAAUUUGCUCUUUGGAUAACUUGGAAACUCUAAAUCUAAGUGGAUGUGAGUGUGUUUCUAGACUUCCUGAAGAGAUUGUAAAUUUGCACCACCUAAGAACAAUUGAUUUACAUUUCAGCAAAGUUGAGGAGUUACCUGAUUCAAUUUGCUCUUUGGAUAACUUGGAAUAUCUACAACUUGAAGGAUGUGAUUGUCUUUCUAGACUUCCUGAAGGGAUUGGAAAUUUGCGUCACCUAAGAUUGAUUGAUUUAAGUCAGACCAAAUUUGAGGAGCUACCUGAUUCAAUUUGCUUUUUGGAUAACUUGGAAAUUCUAAAUCUUGUAGGAUGUGGGUGUCUUUCUAGACUUCCAGCAGGGAUUGGAAAUUUGCGUCACCUAAGCAAGAUUUAUUUAUGUCAGAGCAAAGUUGAAGAGUUACCUAAUUCAAUUUGCUAUUUGGGUAACUUGAAAAUUCUAGACCUUGAAGGAUGUGAGUGUCUUUCUAGACUUCCUAAAGAGAUUGGAAAUUUGCGUCACCUAAAAUUGAGGAGGAGUCGCACCAUUUGUGGCACCCCUAAAAAUGUUACAUGCAAAUCCAAAAGAGCACUACCACUAAUAAUAUGUGCUAAUUUGUUUGAAGCAACAUGGGCAGGCCGGCACUGUGGAGAUUUCUACCAUCCCUACAUAUGGCAUUGA